GAAGCAGAAGCAGAAGCGUUUUGAUCCUGACUCUUGAAAUUCACCAAACACCAUAUCUGACACGUUGGUGAGCUGGGUGUCAUCACCAGGCGGUCAGUUAUUUCCAGGCAAAUCAUCGUGUUUCUGUUCGUCUGUCGAACUGCAUCUCUGUACACAGUAACAUCGCACAAGUCGAUCCUUCGAGCAUUCUGAAACCAGGAUCCCAUCAUGACGACGUUCGUGGUUCUAGACCAAGCUGAAGAAGGUACAUGCUCUCCACUGCGCGUGAAAAGCAGUCAUUUCUGACAAGGAUAGACAAAUUACACGCAGAGCGCCUCCUCGGUAUUGAAGAGCGACCGUUCAAACGUAUCACGAAACGACUUCUCGCUCGCAAUAACCCGAUCAACGUCUUUCUCGACCGGACCUCUGAAGCUGAUGGAGAACAGGUGGAAGCUGUGGAAGAUGAUGCGAGCGCACAUGAGAAAUUCCUGAAGGAUGUUCAACGCUUCCGUGAAGAGAUCAUAUUAGAUUUUUCGGCCUUUGAAAGCAGCAUCGCGCGGAUACAGUACCUGCGUGCGGCCAAUGAACGCGAAAGAGAACGAUACGUCGCGGAGAAGCUGAAGAUCGAACACACAGCUCAAGAAGUCCGAGAUAACAUCGCCAACCUACGAAUUCGACUUGACGAAGCGCAGAAAACAUUGGCGGUUCGCAAAACAUACGAUGUACUGUCGGACAAGAUUACCAGAAACGCCGCACUAAAGCCCCGGGACGAGCAGCAUGUGAACAUUGAGAAACUCAAGGCUGAGAUUGAGGAGUUGGAGAGGGAGUCACAGGAGCAUAAUCAGGCGUGGGUAGAAAGAAGAGAGCAAUUCGUCAAGGUGGUGGAAGAGGCACAGAACUUGAGGAGGGUGAUUCGAGAUGAAAAGGAGCCGGAGAAGGAGGAAGAAGAUCAAGAAGAUGAUGAGAAUCUAUUGCACGUUGGCAGGGAACGCGACGGAGGAUCCAACACAGGAACACCUCGACCGACAGAUGAUGCACCAACACCAUUCACAGCACACCGAGGGGUGGGAACGCCGAGGUCGAAUGUCGGUGAUGCAACCCCUCUUAGGGUGAUAGAAGAAGAUAUCGACAUGGAGGAAGUGAAAUCUGGAGAGGCCGAAGAUGCAUUGCCCAGGGUCGUGGUGGAGAAGCCAAGCGAUGCGAUGGACAUGACGUGAAGGAAUUGGUUCUGUGUCUGGAAGUUGCCCAGUCCUGAUUGCUGAGGCAAGGAGAAAUGUUACACUAGAUACCCCCAAGACCAUGGACCUCGGCCAUGGACCAGACCCUGUCAUACAGCAGACUGCAUUCUGAGCCAAGUCAACUCGUG